AUGGCUAGUGUACUAUUACUAUAUCAAUGCGAUUCUUCGGUUUAUGAAACAUUUUUGGUAUCUAGUACCACACUUUUGCGAAAUAAGCCAAUUAGCGAAAAAUACGAUACACUUAUUUCAUAA